AUGGAGUCAAAGCUUGACAGAGCCGCCCGGGAGGCAGAGUACCAGGCCCUCUGGCAGGUCUGCGAUCGCGCAACUCGCAAGCCCGAGUACAUCUACGCCGACGAAAGACUCAAGCGCUCUGUUCUCGAAGCUGCAUGUGACAUUCUCAUGCGCAAGAGACAGAAACUCGGCAAGGUCGACUGCGGAACUGACAUCGACGCCAUGGUGACCCUUCAUCUUCAGCGCGAAGUCACCGGUCGCCUUCUCGCAACUGCUCGUAUGGCUGCUCCAGCCCCAGCUCACAACCCGAUGCCGUUUGUGAACAAUGGCCCUGCGUUCAGUGCGCCCCAGAACAUGUAUCCUGCGAACCCAGGCCCCUUCAAUGGAAAUGCAGUUCCGUACAACAUCACCCAGGCACCACUCCCCGUCGUGCCCCAGCCCCGAGCUCGCCUCUCUCCGCCAGAGUUUGACUUCACCUGCGACAGUACCGAGGAGCUCCGAGAUGACAUGAACAAAGUCAUCAACACCCUCCGGGAGUACGCCAGACGAAUCGCCACUCUCGAACACAGACUCGACAGGGUCACUCGUGAGCGCGACAUGUACAAAGCUGGAACAAUCGACAUGAUGAACGCCGACAUGAGAAAGUCGGCCUCCGUCCCUCCAGGCAUGUUCCACUACCCCGUCGAAGGGAUCGAGGGCUUGUCCGCCGUCGCCUAUCCGCACCAGAGACCUCUCACGCCUAGAAGUCAGUCGCAGGGAAUGGAUGAGGAUGGUGAUGGAACGUAUCACCCUGGAAGCUGA